UUUCCUCCACACAACAUAGCAUUAUACUAAUUCAAGUAGCUAAAAACUUCAAAGUAGCAAAUAAUUAUGGCAAGGGCGAAAUCAUCGACAAUGGCGCUAGCCCUUGGGCUCCUAGUGAUGACUCUUGUUGGGGAGUGCUAUGGCCAAUGCGGUGACAAUUUCAAGGUUGGUUACUACAAUGGCAAGUGUGGCAAAGUCGAUGUUGAGGCCAUUGUUUUCCACGUUGUCAAGAAGCAUUUCAAUGAAGACAAAGAUACCAUUGCUGAUCUUAUUCGCUUGCAAUUCCAUGAUUGCUUCGUCAGGGGAUGUGACGCCUCAAUUUUACUUGAAGGUGAAGACACAGAGAAAACUGCACGUAACAACCUUAGUGUUGACGGUUAUGAUAUCAUUGAAGAUGCUAAAGUUGCCCUUGAUAAAUACUGCCCCGGCGUUGUCUCUUGUGCUGACAUUAUCGUCCUAGCAGCAAGAGCUGCUACAUACUUGGGUGGAGCAGAUUGGUACGCAGUCGAAACAGGAAGAAAAGACGGUCGCACAUCACUAGCAAGUGAUGCCAAGCAGCUUCCCAGACGCGAUAUUCCAAUCCCUGCUGCUGUCGAUUUGUUUGCCAGUUUUGGAUUAGACACACACGAUUUUGUUUAUCUUUUAGGUUGUCACACUGUUGGAACCGCACACUGUGAAAACAUCGAAGACCGUCUAUACAACUUCAAUGGGGACGCAGACCCUACCAUGAACUCUGAUUUGGCCUCUUCCCUAAAAAUGAAAUGUCCUCGCAACGCUAACUCGACCGAGGAAGCAUUCCUUGACCAAACUUAUGGUAGCGAAUUCGUACUGGACAAUGCUUACUUCAAGAGAAUAAUAGAAGGCAAGGGAAUUCUUAAAGUUGAUCAAGAAUUGGCUCUUCAUCCUUUGACUAAGGACAUUGUCUUGCGAACGGCUGCCGACGAGACGAUUUUCAGAACUAGAAUUGGUCCAUCUAUGCGCAAAAUGGGUUUAGUUGGAGUUCUUACCGAAGGAGAAGUUAGACUUGGAACUUGCAAGAAGGUUCGCUAAGAAGUUUUGUUCACAAAUUGGCCAACUGCAUCAUUUGAUUGAUACCUUAAUUAAUUCAUUAUUAUUGCAUGUUAAUGAUGGUUUGUUGUAUUUGUUCAAGUUUCUAUUGAUGUAAUGUUAUGUUUCUCCCUUGUUGGGAAUUGUUGGUAUGUAAUUGUAUGUCAAGAACUCUUCUAGCAAAUUAAUGUUUGAAUCAUUUCACUAAUAAAUAAAGCCGGUCUCAAUUAUUGUGACA